AUGACAUCUUCGGGCUCAGAGCCAUACAUUGUACAAUGGCUGCUCGAUACAAGACUCCUGUGGCCUGUUCACCGCAAAGAUAAGCCCAAAGAGGAGGUCGCAGAACUGAGAACUGCUGCUUCUCGUGCUUUGGCUCUUCUCUCUGAAUCCGAGCAACAAUCAGUCCUUAAAUAUUAUCACGUCAAAGAUGCAAAAAUGAGCUUAGCAUCCCAUCUUCUCAAGCACCUUGUUAUUGCAAAACAUUGCAAUGUACCUUGGCCGAAGACUACAAUCUUGCGCGAAUCGAAUGGAAAGCCUUGUUAUAUUUCGGCCGCAAAUCAACCUCGGAUCGAAUUCAAUGUAAGUCAUCAAGCUGGACUUGUAACAUUGAUAGCUGUGAUUGGGGGCGAUGGAACAAUAAAUGUGGGAACAGACAUUGUGUGCGCCAACGAACGACUGUCGCAUGACUAUAAAUAUAUAGAGAAGAGUGGAUUUUUUGAAUGGAUUGAUAUGCAUGGAGAAGUGUUCGCAGAUUCGGAGGUCAAUCAUAUGAAGCUUUCAACAAUUGGACUCGACGAAGUUGCGCCCGGUAAAAAACUUCAUGGAUUUGGCAACGACGCACUCUCUGGAUGCCAAUGGAGAAACAGACAAUUGGAUCUGAUCAUUACAGAUAGUGAGGGGAAGGCUAAACAAUUGAGGAUUGACAGUAACAAUGUCAUCGAUGCGAAGAUCAGACGGUUCUAUGCCAUGUGGUGUUUGCGAGAGACCUAUGUCAAAAUGACUGGAGAAGCCUUACUUGCACCAUGGCUUAAAGACUUGGAGAUUUGCGAUGCUCGAAGUCCAACUGCGUCUGAGGUACAUGAUCUGAAUUCUCUCGAGAGCGGGGAAACAAUUGAUAACUAUCGUAUUGUAUUCAAGGGCCGCGAAGUUACAAACGUACAUAUGGAAUUGGCUGCAUUAGGUCCGCAUUAUAUGGUGGGUGGUGCUGUCAGGGUAACAGAAAACGACAAGAAGUUAGGAUUGGGCCCAUGGGAAGAGCUUGAUCUUGAGAAGGAUGUCCUACAGAUCGCGGAGUCUAAGCCCUGA